AGAGUUGGUGCGCGCGAUCCCGAGCUGUGUGGUAAUGGUGGCGCGGGGACGCUGUCAGCCGCUCUGAGACAGAUAUGAAGAUUAUUACCUGGAAUAUAAACGGAAUCAGGAGUUUUAAAUAUGGCAUUAAGAAGACGCUGGACUCGUUUAACGCUGAUAUUAUCUGUGUUCAGGAGACGAAGGUCACGCGGGAUCUGCUGGAUGAGAGGACUGCAGUAGUGGAUGGAUAUAAUUCCUACUUCAGCUUCAGCAGAGGACGCAGUGGAUACUCAGGAGUCGCAACCUUCUGUAAAGACAGUGCUACACCAUUCGCUGCUGAAGAAGGACUGACUGGGCUUCUUGUCAACAAUGGAGAGGCUGUUGGAUGCUAUGGGGACCAGACUGCAUUCUCCACUGAAGAGUUACAUUCACUAGAUGGUGAAGGACGGGCUGUCAUCACUCAGCAUAAAUUAAUGGGAGCAGAAGACCCAGAGACACUCACUGUCAUUAAUGUGUACUGCCCACGUGCGGAUCCAGAAAAGCCAGAGAGGAAGCUCUUCAAGCUGCAGUUCUACAGGCUCCUACAGAGUCGAGCAGAGGCCAUUGUGGGGUCUGGAAGUCAUGUGAUCAUUCUGGGGGAUAUCAACACAUCUCAUCGGCCUAUAGAUCACUGUGACCCAGACGAUGUGGAUAACUUUGAGAAGAAUCCAGGCAGGAAGUGGCUGAACAGUUUUCUGUAUGGGUCAUUGGAAAAUGGAACAGAUGAUGAAGAGGAUGAAGAGGAUGAAGAGAAGGCAGAUUCAGAGACCUUCCAGAAAUUUGUUCCUGGUGGUAAAUUUGUUGACACCUUCCGACAUUUCCAUCCAACACGUGUCGGUGCCUUCACGUGCUGGUCUACUCUUACCGGUGCCAGACAGACCAACUACGGCACACGCAUUGACUACAUCUUUGCCAGUCGUUCGCUGGUGGAGAAAAGUUUGCAGAAUGCAGAUAUCAUGCCAGAAGUGGAGGGUUCUGAUCACUGUCCUGUGUGGGCACAGCUAAGCUGUACCCUUGUGCCCAGUCCCAGGUGUCCAUCUCUGUGCACACGCUACAUGCCAGAGUUCGUUGGCAGGCAGCAGAAACUUUCUAGCUUUCUUGUUAAAGUUUCUGAGCAAAAAGCUGCUUUCAGAGACAAUACAGAGAACCUACCUGGAUCUCAAGAAGCUGGGGAGGUGCGUGAGAAUGUGAGUCCUGAAGCAGCAGGCUUGCAGGGAAAUGCUGGGAGAAAAAGGCCUUCAAAUGGACCUCCAGAGACCUCCACUUCUAAAGGGAAGAAGAGUAAAUCUGUUAAAACAGCAGCUAAACCUCAGGGCAGCCUUUUAUCCUUCUUUAAACCUAAACCAACCCCUGAAGUACCUUCCAGCCAUAGCAUGAGGCCAAGUCCAAAUCCUGCUGCUAACUGCAUUGACAGCAGCUCAGAGAUUCACAAAACUGAAGAUGACACUGAAUACAGCAAACUCACAGAGCAGCUCACAAAUAAGGAUAAUGAAGAAAAAUCCAGGAACUCAAAGACUAUUACUGGUGGACCAAGUUCUCAGGAAAGUAUCCAAAGCAAUGGAACAUCUGAUCAUGAAACAACAAACUCCAAGAAAGGCUCUGACUUUUGGAAAUCAGUUUUUCAUGGACCUCCCCAGCCGCCACUGUGCAAGGUACACAAAGAGCCCUGUAUUCUUCGGACUGUGAAAAAAGCAGGGCCAACUUUAGGCCGGCAGUUCUUUGUGUGCGCUCGUCCUCAAGGCCACACAUCCAAUCCAGAGGCUCGUUGUAAUUUCUUUGCCUGGGUGGAUAAAAGCAGAUAAAAACCCAAGUGUUUUUAUGUACUAAUUAUGUCUAUAUAUCAAAAAGUGGUACUACAACAGUGUAUGUUUGUAUAUAUUUUUUGUAUAUUCUUGUACUACUACAGUGUUAAAAUUGUUUGUAUAUAUUUUUGUAUAUUCUUUGUUUUGCUGUAGAAAUAAAAUUAUAUUUUAAAAAAUAA